AUUUCAGCAUAUAACUUAUUACAUCAUUGUUAAAGUUGCCAUUGUAAGCUCAAUUAAGCAGACACAGUCAUUCAGAAAACACAAACUCUUAAAGCUUAACUUAUUUCUAGAAUUAAGGCUGUCAGCAAUUAAAAUUGAGUAAUUGUUUUAAUAUUUUUACAUCAAAUUCUAGCUUUUCAAGAGAAAUUUAUUCAAUAUACUAGCAAACUUCUAGCUGUUUGAAUAACUUUAAGAUUUCACAUCUGAGUGUUAUAUAAAGAGAGCAUGAUUUUCUGGCCAUUGGGAUACUUGGGCCCCAACCAACUGAAUCAGAAACCCACUUAAUGACCAACCGUCGGAUCCAUUUCGCAAGUUUAAAAAGCCCAAAGUCCAAAAAGAAAUAUCGUUUUUGUUUUCCCUUUGGGAAUAGUCUUUAUUUCCCCUGAUUCCCUCCCUCACAACCAGCUUAGAUAACAAAAAUCCUUUGCUUCUUCGCUCGCAAAACCAACUCCUCAAACCACCCUUUUACUUCGAUUCUUCUCAGCAGAAUCCCUCCUCGAUAUAAAAGCGAGAACCUAAGCUUCACUUUCUUCAACUUUCUCUUUAAGCCAAACCUUCUCGUCUCCUUCGCGUUCUUCUUCUUUUUCCUUGCUGUCAUAUAUAUAAUUCUUCUCCCUUGAACGUAGUUAAUUUGUUCUAAUGGCAGCGUCAAAAGUCCACCCGAAUUACUUGAAAGAGAUUGAAAAGGCUCGCCGAGACCUUCGUGCUCUCAUCUAUAGCAAAAACUGCGCUCCCAUCAUGCUUCGUUUGGCGUGGCAUGACGCUGGAACUUACGAUGCUAAAACGGAGACAGGAGGACCAAAUGGCUCUAUCAGACAAGAUCACGAGUUAAAUCACAGUGCAAAUAAUGGUCUGAGAAUAGCCGUUGAACUUUGUGAAGAAGUAAAGGCGAGGCAUCGGGAAAUUACAUAUGCCGACCUUUACCAGCUUGCUGGAGUUGUUGCAGUUGAGGUUACGGGAGGUCCUACUAUUGACUUUGUUCCAGGCAGGAAGGAUUCAUUGGAAUCCCCUGAAGAAGGGCGCCUUCCGGAUGCCAAGCAAGGUGCUCGACAUUUGAGGGACAUCUUUUAUCGGAUGGGUCUAUCUGACAAGGACAUUGUGGCUUUAUCUGGGGGCCAUACGUUGGGAAGAGCACAUCCUGAAAGAUCAGGUUUUGAGGGUGCUUGGACAAAGGAACCUUUGAAGUUUGACAAUUCAUACUUCAAGGAGCUCCUGAAGGAGUCAGACUCAGAUCUAUUGAAACUGCCUACUGACAAGGCUCUUGUCGAUGAUCCUAAGUUCCGCUACUAUGUCCAGCUCUAUGCAAAGGAUGAGGAUGCUUUCUUUAGAGAUUAUGCAGCGUCCCACAAGAAACUCUCUGAGCUAGGCUUUAUUUCACCUUCAAGUUUAACUAUGAAGGUAGCUGUGGGAGUCGUUGCUGUAGCCAUGGCAAUCCUCCUCACUCGUUGCUCACGGGAAAUUCACAAGUGAAAGUCCUUACGAAGGCAAAUAGAUUUCAUCUGUAAAACAUAGACCUACAAUUCCAAAUUGGAAAUUGUAGAUACAAGUAUUGUGAUUCUUCAUUCAACUGAUACGUCAAUCAGACUAGUUCAUAGACUUAAUAACUAAGAGAUGUGAUUCUUCCCUUCUUUUCUUACCAAAUCUCAAGUUUCAGCAUCGACAGUUGCUUUUCUUUUUCCCCCUUAAAAUGCACAAAGG